CGUGCCACAAAGUCUUCAUAGUGCAGCUGCGAAAGCUCAUUGAUUGAUUUUAUUGGUCAUAGACAGACUACAGUGCAGCUGCCUGCUGCAUGCAGACUUUGGUCUGGUGCAGACUUAUGCACUGAGGAGACCUUGCUCCGAGCCUCCGCGCGAAUUGAAGGCGGCCGAGCAGGCCAUCGCCAACGCGCAGCGAUGAUGUUAUUGCUCGUGGCGGGCGCCGCCGCGCUCGUGGCGCCGGGUUCCAGGCCAUCAGGUGCUGUGGCGUGUAGAGGGGCUGCUUACGAUUACUGCGUCCAGGCCUUGGGCUGCACGGCGGCAGAGGCCAGCAAGGUCGAGGGAAAGCUGAUUCCGAGCAGCGCGAAAAGCUUGACUCGCGCGCAAGCCGAGGAAAGGCUUGGCUGGCUGCAGUCCGAGCUUGGGCUGAGCGACUCGGAGCUGAAGAAAGUGGUAAUGCGUUUCCCAGCACUACUGGGCUACAACAGCAUGGCGCCAAAGCUCGACUGGCUGCAGACGCGCCUCGACCUGGGCGACGCGCAGUUGAGGAAGAUGGUGAUGAAGUUUCCGCAACUGCUGGGCUGCAGUAUCGAGGACAACCUGGCGCCAAAGCUCGAGUGGCUACAGACGCGCCUCGAGCUGGACGCGGCGCAGCUGAAGAAGCUGGUUGUGAAAAAACAACAACUGCUGAGCUACAGCGUCGAGGACAACAUGGAGCCGAAGCUCGAUUGGUUGCAGACGCGCCUCGACUUGGAUGACGAGCAGCUGAGGAAGAUGGUUAUGACGAAUCCGUCGCUGGUGUAUCAAAGUGUCGAGGACAACAUGGAGCCGAAGCUUCAGUGGUUGCAGACGCGCUUCCACCUGGACGACGCGGGGCUGAGGAUGAUGGUGCUACGGCUACCGGCACUGCUGAGCUACAGCGUCGAGGCCAACAUACAGCCAAAGCUGGGCUUCUUCGAGGAAGAGCUUGGUCUCUCUCCAUCCGAAGUGCGCGCUUCAAUAGUAUCCUCGCCAGCUCGUCUGGGCUACAGCCUCAAAACACGAUACCGGCCCCGACUCGAAGUUUGCCGCGCCGCCGGGGCUGAUCCUGCCAUAGUCCUCAAUAGCGCGACGACAACAGACGAACAAUUCUGCAAGCGCGCCGGCGUCCCCCUCGCGGCCCUCCGCGCGGCCCAGGAAACCGACGUCACCGUCGCCGUCGCGCCGUGCAAAAUGGUAGCUCUCUCACCGGCACCACGCCUCGCCGCGCCACAAGUGCUCGACGACGCCGCCAGCGCGGCCGCUGUGCUGUCGUACAAGCACCACGAGCCCCACCUCCUCGAAACGGCCUACGCCGACCUCGCGCGGCGCGGUCGACUCGAAACGCAGCUUUCGCAGCACGACCAAAUGAUGACCGCGACGCUGCCCCUCGUGCCGCGAUUCUUAACCAUUCUCGCGCUGGCCGCCGCGCACAGCACGCUGCUGACGGAGGGCGCCGCCAUCGCGCGGUCGCUGGCGGCCGACGCGGGGCCGUCGCGACCGCCGCGCCGGAGCCUCGUCGGGACCGUUGAGGGUUACGACGUGGCGCUGCUGCGGGAUAAACUCGACGGCCACGAGCGGUUCUCGCUGAUCCUUGGCAAUGAUAGGAAGAAGGGCGCGAAGGCGGCGCGCAUUCUCUGCGAGGUCGACGAGUUGGCAAUCCACGUGCGCGGCGUCGAGGUCGCCGAGGAGCAGCGGGGGCGCGGGCUGGCCAAGCUCGCGUUGGGGACUCUGGCGGCGCUUGGUGUUUUAGUUGAUGCAGAUGUACGUGCUAGACCGCAGACGAAGCCCGUCGUCGCGCGGGCGCUGACCAGCCUGGGCUUCCGCCCCGUCGACGCGUCGUGGCCGAUCCUGAUCGCGCCAGGCGCUGGCGGGCGAACGGUCGUCUGCCCCGCGGACCCGACGGACGAGCGGGUGCAUUUCAGCUUUGCGCAGAUCCGCGCGCAGCGCCUCGACGUCGUCGCGGCGCCGCCGCCGGGCGCGAAGCCUACGUUUGUUCGCACGGCAUUCGUUCAUCCCGAUACCAAGGCCCUCGCGGCGACGGUGCCUGCGGAGUUCUACGCCGCGCGGCUGCUGGCGUUCGCGGGAACGGUGGAGGCGAUGCGGCCGCGGCUACUGGCGCAGUCGUCUUCUUUGUUGUUGUAAUUUGUCUUUAGAUUCCUACGAGCUCUCGCGGGCGCGGAGGGCUGCUAGCGCGUGUCGCAAUUCGUCCUCUAUCCCUUCCGUGACCGGGUGCGCGCUGCCGAGCACGCGCCGCGAGAUCGGUGCCGUCUCCUCGAGCGUCGUCAUGGCUUCACGGAGAUCGUCGAGCGUGGCGUCCGGGUCUUUGUAGAGCGUCUCCGCGUAAGUCCACCGUAUCUUGAGCGUACCCUCAUGAUUCUCGCCAAUAACGCGUCGCGUCAUGGGCAUCGUUCUGCGCAGCAGGGGCUUGGCUUCUUCGAUGGCCUCUUCGGCGAGCUGGCGAUGGGUUUGGUGCCCUUCUGGCGCCCGUCGAAGAUGAUCUUUCCAUUUCUCAUGUGGCAGAUGCACAUUGGCAUUUUUAUCCUACAACAUAUUUUAUUUGCCGACUUAUUGACGUUCAUCCCGUUGUGGGCUUUAGCUCAUGCCGUCUGCCAUGCGCAAGAUAGAGACGGCCCCUGGGGGCUCUUUCCACCACUACUGGGUGCGUCCAAGCGAAGGGCGGCCAUGCUCGCCUACGAGGAGAACACGAAAGAGUUAAGAGAGAAGGAGGAUCAAGGCUUCCUACGAGAGAGACGCACGGCCUCAUCGAAGAAAGGUGCACGGUUCUGCAUCCUGCUCAUGGCCGCCUUCUCGUGGAACUGGAUCUUUGGGUAUGAAGCUUAUCCGUUAAAUGCGUUCCGCAUGUUUACCACCUAUGAGACGGAAACCGGAUAUUCUAGGCAGGUCACGGAAGACACGGACGGCGUGCGCGGGAGGAACUGGCACUACCACGAGUUGAAUCCUGUCCUUAAUAGGAAGCGCGUGCUCGACGCUUUUAGAAACUGUGCCGACCAGCCGCGGUCCCACGCGUGCCGCCACUUCAUCGCGUUCGCGCAGCCGAGAGCUCUCUUGAUGGAAGGCCGGCCCGCGCGGCUCGUGUUCCAGACGCGGACGUGGGAUUUUGAUGCGGAUCUCGACAAGGAGUUCUCGUGCGACGCGAUGGAGACGUAUACCUUUUACGUGGCCGCGGGCCGCGUCGAGCACGAGUCGCACGCCCAUUGCGACUACAUCGACUGGACGACGACGUGGCGCUUCCAGCAGAAUUUGGGGACGAUCUAG